UUUCGUUUUCAUUCCUUUUUUUAAAUAGAUGAAAUCCAAGAAGGGCUCCACCCCUGGCGGUGCCUGGCCCGCAGCAACAACCUGCUGCCUGGCUGCAGGCACAGACGCGGGGACCGGGGACAGGACGGCGGGGGCAGCGAGAUGCAGGCCCCGGGGGGCCCCAGCCUCGGGCAGACGUGCGUGCUGAUCCUCAUCUUCACUGUGCUGCUCCAGUCCCUCUGCGUGGCCGUCACCUACAUGUACUUCACCAGGGAGCUGAAGCAGAUGCAGGACAAGUACUCCCAAAGUGGCAUCGCUUGUUUCUUAAAGGAAGAUGAUAUCCCCUGGGACCCCAGUGAUGAAGAGAGUAUGAACAACCCCUGCUGGCAAGUGAAGUGGCAACUCCGCCAGUUUGUUAGAAAGAUGAUUUUGAAAACCUAUGAGGAAACCAUUCCUACAGCUCCAGAAAAGCAGCUAAAUAUUCCUUACGUAUUAAGCGACCGAGGUUCUCAGAGAGUAGCCGCUCACAUAACUGGAACCAGUCGGAGAAGCAUGUUUCCAAUUCCAAGCUCCAAGAAUGAUAAAGCUUUGGGCCACAAAAUAAACUCCUGGGAUUCCACGAGAAAAGGACAUUCAUUCUUGAAUAACUUGCACUUGAGGAACGGAGAGCUGGUUAUCCAUCAAAGGGGGUUUUAUUACAUCUACUCCCAAACAUACUUUCGAUUUCAGGAACCUGCGGAAAUUCCAACAGGACAGAACAGAAAGAGAAACAAACAAAUGGUCCAAUAUAUUUACAAACACACGAGUUAUCCGGACCCUAUACUGCUGAUGAAAAGUGCUAGAAAUAGUUGUUGGUCUAAAGAUUCUGAAUAUGGACUCUAUUCCAUCUAUCAAGGUGGGAUAUUUGAGCUUAAGGAAAACGAUAGAAUUUUUGUCUCUGUAUCUAACGAGCAAUUGAUUGACAUGGACCAAGAAGCCAGUUUUUUCGGGGCCUUUUUAAUUGGCUAAAUACGCUGCAAAGAAAAAAAACUGUAUUCUUUAUUCACAACAAAGCAAGGACAUCUGAGCAAAGUCACGUCAACCAAAAGAGUAACACGCAUUUCUCAAACAUCUCUGAAAAUGACCAAGUCAUUCUCAGAAAAUGAAAUUGCCGAAGACCUUUCCAGGCGCCACCAGGGAUCAGCUUGCUAGCAGAAACCUAGAAGAUUCUGUAAGCAGCUGUCUUUAUAAUCUACUCUUGUAAAGACCCAGAAGCAAGAUUAAUGAUCCAUCUCUUUUUUAUGUAGGCUCCACAGCCAACGUGGAGCCCAACACCGUGCUUGAAUUCACAACUCUGAGAUCAAGACCUGAGCUGAGAUCAAGUAUUGGACACUUAACCAGCUGAGCCACCCAGGUGCCCAGUGAUCCAUCUCUAAAGUAGUGUAUCGCUCUGGUCGCUUCCAGGUUACCAUACGGAACAACACUCCCGAAGGUAAAAGAGAACGGGGAAUCACUAAAAGGUCAUGCUCUUGGGAGGUAACCUCUGUGGAUAUACGCGAUGUGCAAAGGGAGUUUGCAUUGUGCAUGACCUCACAGGAGUAACCUCAUACACCUGGAUUUGGUGGAAUUAAGAACAUUCCACUCAAAAUAAUAUCCUUUUGUUAAAAAAAAAAGAAAACACACACAAACUAAAUUUUUGUUCAGUGAACAAGGAACUAUUUCUGAAUGGUUUGUGAUUUUCACUACCAGAAGUCAAGCUGGCCAAAAGCACUGAUAAUAUUUUUGGACAAAAUCAGUGAACAGCUUAAUCAGAAAUCGGGGAAUUUGGUCUCAUGGGAGCAGGAGAAGAAAUGAGAAAGUGGAAAUGCCAAACGCAAAUAAAUUAGCAGAAAAGAGCCUAAGAAAGAUCUGAUUCCCCUACCCCCCAACCCGCCUACCCAUCCUCCCCUGCCCAAUAACAUUGCCUAGUAUACAACUGCCUAAGGUUGUUAUCAUUUAUUUGCCUCCGCCAGAAGGACAGAAAUUGCUUUUAUCUUCCAAAAUUGUGACACAAAACAUUUUAUCUCAUCGUUUAAUCUGACCAGUUGGAGAAAAAAGAAUUAAUUGUAGCGUUUGUCUAAUCUCUUUUAAUUGUCAUCCUAAACACAGCAUAAUUUAUACAUUGGGGCUGUAUGCUCAAAUGUUCAUUUAAAUGUGUCUGACCAAUUAGGUCUUUUUCAAAUUUAAAUUUAAACAUGCUACAGACACCUGGCACUUCUGGCCCUUCUUACUCUGUUUUCUACAGUAAUAGGUAAGUUCUUACAUACUAACACAUUGACUUACUUGUUACUGUUUUUUAAAGCCUGCCUCCUCUCACCAGGAUAUAAACGCUGUGAUACCAGGGAACAUUUAGUGCCAUUCACAUCUGUAACCUCAGUACCUGGGACAGUACCUUAACAUAACACCCACACACAACAUAUUUGUGAAUAAAUGAAUGAGUGAAUGAAUACCUAAUCUUACGGGAAAAAAAUUUAAAACAUCCGCUGCCUUAUCCCUCAUAUUGAGAAAAACAAAACAAAACAAAACAAAACAACUGAGGAACUUCAAAAGUAAUCUUAAAGUGAAGAUUAAAGUGAAGGCUUUUUAAUUUUUUACUUUUAAAAUCUUUUUUAAAGAUUUAAUUUUUAAAUAAUCUCUACACCCAACAUAGGGUUCAGAUUUACAACCCUAAGAACAAGAGCCACACACUACGACUAAGCUAGCGAGGAACCCUGAAGACGACUUUUUAAACGAAGACUUAAAACUCAAAGCAAAAGACUGCAGUGUUUCUUAGUAUAAAAACCUCAAAAUGGGGAUGCCUGCAUGGUUCAGCAGUUGACCAUCUGCCUUCAGUUCACAAUGUGAUCCUGGGGUCCUGGGUUCGAGUCCUGCAUCGGGGUACCCACAGGGAGCCUGCUUCUCCCUCUGCCUGUGUCUCUGCCCCUCUCUCUGUGUUUCUCAUGAAUAGAAUCUUUUUUUAAAAAAAAAAAAACCCUACAUAUGAAAGAGAAAAUUAAUUUUUACUUUAUAUUUUUGUAUUAAAAUUUUAAAAUGUUACUUUUCCAAUAAAAAUGACAUAUGGAAAUAUGUA